GUAUAGAUGCGGGGCGGAAAGCUGAGGGAUACUUCGGAGCUAUAUAAGAAGGGCAGAUUGCAAAUCCUCAAAACUCACCGCUUCCUCCGCUCCUACAUCCUCUUCAUUUCCAUACCACACAUUUCCCCUCCACUCAUAGAGCAUCAUGUCAAACGACGCACUCCAGAACAACCCUGUUUCGGGAGACCGUCACAUUACUACACAUGCAUCUGAUUGGCUUUGGGCGGUAUUUGCUGUUAUGUUGCUCUCCAUGUUGAUCGCUAUAUUUUGGCACGGAGCGAGUGUGAAGAGACACCGCUACUUCCAUCAGAUUCCCAUCAUUGUCCUUACGGUGUCGACUAUCGCAUACUUUUCGAUGGCAUCCGACUUAGGCUAUACCACCAUUCCUGCUGAAUUUGGUCGCAAUUACGGAGGACAUCCAACCCGUCAGAUUUGGUAUGUUCGCUACAUCCAAUGGUUUAUCAACGCUCCUCUGCUGUUGUUGGGCUUGUUGCUCCUGACAGGCUUGUCUUACUCCGAUAUCCUUACAACGAUCUUCUUUGCGCUUGUUCUUGUGGUUACGGGACUCGUCGGCGCCCUCACCACUAGCUCCUACAAGUGGGGAUACUUCGCAUUCGGUCUCUUUUCGCUGUUCUAUUUAUGCUACCGAUUGCUUGGUCACUCAGCGCGAUUCCCGUUCCGAGCCGGUGCAGGCUCACGUACAGGAUUCCUUGUCGCCUCAUCCUACCUCACCUUCAUCUGGAUGCUCUAUCCAAUCUGUUGGGGUCUGUCCGAGGGUGGAAAUGUGAUAACCCCAACGAGCGAGAUGGUAUUUUAUGGUAUCCUCGAUCUGUUUGCGGGACCCAUCUUUUUGGCACUUUUCUUGAACAUGUUACGGAAGGUGGAAUAUAACAAGCUAGGUAUGGAUACUGGGAGGGCAGUUACCAAUGAGAAAGGUGGGGCUGGGGUAGGACCUGGAACGUCUGGGACCGCAGCUAGUGCAGCACCUGGCGCAACGGCAGCCGGAACAAAUGCUGCUGUUUAACGGGUAUAUGCUCAAAGUUAUCGUUUCAUUUUCCCCAACUAACUGGUAAAUGCCUUGUUUCGAAAAACAAAAGAUGAACUAGUUUAUCUAUUUUUCCUAUAUUUGUAUUAUAUCACCCGUCAAUGAAUUUAAUCCGAGACACAUGGCCUAU